UAAGUUCCUACUGUUCAUGGUUUGUUAAUGUUUGUUGUUGUGUUUCCCUGAGCUGUUUCCUAGGUACGCCAGAGUGUUUGUUAAUUAACGAUUGUUCUGUUUGGAUUCUCUGUCGUUGUGCACUUAUUUGCAGCCACCGUAACAUAAAAGAAGAUGGAACCAAAACUAAUAUGGAUAUACCAGCCGUCUAACUGCUAUGCUUAGAGCAGGAGCAGCAGUUUCUUGAGGAUCACACUAGUGGAUUUAUGCAACUUACGUGCCACACUAACUACCCGGAUCGCACCCUGUACACAAAGGCACUCCUGCCCAGUGUUGGUCCUCAAGAGGAUUAUGCUACAUUGGUGGAAUGGGUGCUGGUCCAGGAGGGAAUAAUGCAGCUGCUGGUAUAGCCCAGUCUCAGUCUCGAGCAAUGAUUGCUGCUGCUGCCUGCCGCAGAGACAGUUAUAACAAACUCUACUACAAAGAGGCCGAGCAUGAGAGACGUGGUCGCAAACGCAGGGCUAGGCUGGUAGUGGCAGUUGAGGAGGCGUUUACACACAUUCAUCGCAUGCAAGAGGAGGAGCAGAAGAAGGCAUCUAGUGACGUGAUGGACUCACGUGAAGCGGCUGAAGCCAUCUUCCCUUCCAUGGCCCGAGCACUGCAGAAAUACCUCCACACCACCAGACAACAACACCUCCACAGUAUGGAGAGCAUACAGCAGCACUUGGUCUUCUGCAUCACAAACAACAUGACACCCAAGGCAUUUUUGGAGAGUUAUCUGACCACAGGCCCUACACUACAGUAUGGAAAGGACCGCUGGCUUGCUAGGCAGUGGACCCUUAUCAGCGAAGCCUCAGUUACCAGUGGUCUGAAAGAUGGGACCAUUUUUCUGCUCAAAUUCAUUGACUUUAGCCUAGUGGUCACUUCCAAAAAGAUACCUUAUAUUCAGCUUGCUGAAGAAUUCAUCGACCCAAAGACUGCAGUCUGA